AUGGCGACGACACAGCUCAAAUCCGAUGCGAUCAUGGAUAUGAUGAAGCAGCAUCUCUCCACCGAUGCUGGUAAAGAGCUCACGGAGAAGAUCGGUCUCGUUUAUCAGAUCAACGUCGCUCCCAAGAAAUUAGGGUUUGAAGAGGUUACUUACAUCGUGGAUCUGAAGAAAGGGGAAGUCACCAAAGGAAAAUACGAAGGAGGGAAAGUGGAUGCUACUUUCUCCUUCAAAGAUGAUGACUUUGUCAAAGUUGCUACUGGCAAGAUGAAUCCUCAGAUUGCUUUCAUUAGGGGUGCGAUGAAGAUAAAGGGUAGUCUCAGUGCUGCACAGAAGUUCACCCCUGACAUUUUCCCAAAGCCUUCAAAGUUGUGA